CCAAGACCGACAUAACCGUGUCUCGUACCCAAAUUAUAUAAACGAAACAUUAUUCUAAUCAAACCAAGUUGCGUGUUUGGUUAUCUUUUCUUUCGUGUAACCUAAAUUAAGGGAUUUGUUCUAACAACAAAUCUCUCUAGAAUCCAAAAGUAAGAAUCCCGUCUCUCUCUCUCUCUCUCAUCUUCUUCUCGGGAAGAUCAGAAAACAGCUUUUUGUGAAAUUCCAUCCUCAAGCUUUGAAGAUCGCAGGAAAAUUCUCGUUUUGAUCUGACCGUUUCUGGUGAAGAAGACAGGAUUCUAAAAGACAACAACAACAACAAUGAGCUCUGAGCAAAACAACAGCACAAGCUUCCCACCAACAGAGCCAAAGCUCUGCGACAACGGGUGCGGAUUCUUCGGGUCACCCUCCAACAUGAACCUCUGUUCCAAAUGUUACCGAAGCCUCCGAGCCGAAGAGGAUCAAACCGCAGUAGCAAAAGCUGCGGUGGAGAAAUCACUAAAGCUUCCAUCGUGCAGUCUCAUCACCGCACCAGAGCCAAAACAGCCUCUGGAGACCAAACCAGCCUCGGUGGAAACCGUUGUGAUUGCUGAGACGUCUGCUGUUCCUCCUGUAGCUACGGGACAGGACGAGGGAGAGCCUUCGAAACCCGCACGGCCGAACAGGUGUUUCAGCUGUAACAAGAAGGUUGGAGUUAUGGGGUUCAAGUGCAAGUGCGGUAGCACGUUUUGCGGGAGGCAUAGGUACCCGGAGAAGCAUGAGUGUAGCUUCGAUUUCAAAGAGGUUGGACGCGGUGCAAUCGCAAAGGCGAAUCCUGUGGUCAAGGCGGAUAAAGUCCAGAGGAUUUGAUGUGAUGUGAUGUGAUCUAUCUUUCAGUUUAUUCCGAGAAUGUUGAUGUGAUGUGGUCAUGUUCCAUGUUGGGUUUCUAUGAAUCAAAAUGAAAAUUGCUGCUAUUGGUUUUCUCAUGAAUCCUUUUUAGUGCUUUUUAAGUCUAUUGAAAUGGAGUCUCUCUUUGCUUCUCAA